AGUGAGAAUGUAACUAUUUGCUUAGUCAGUGACGGCAUCUCUAACCCUGCAAAGGAAGCUUUUACUAUCAGUUUUAGAGAAGUGUAAACGGGCUGGGGAUAUGAGGUCACUUGCCCACUGUCCUAUAAUCAGCAGAUGGCAUGGUUGGCAUUGGAGUUCAGGUCUGUGUUUUUCUGUACAUUACAUCCGUUUUAGUGAUGCGAAGGAAAAAUGAAAUAGGGUCAAUGAGACAAAUGGAAUGCAGAUUGCUGGAGAAAGAAUGCAGGUUGCGCGUUAUAAAUGCACACACAUUUACAGUGCCACUUGAGUUCUGAACUUUGCAGUUAAAUUGAUUUAAAAAUUCGUCUAGAAGUGGUAAAACUUAAUCAUCGAAUGAGAAUAUUUGGGUUUGCUUCAGGAGGUUGCAAACCACUUCUUGGUUAGUAGAAAUGUGAAAUUAAGGGCCACCUUCAGGCGUUUAACUGAAUUGUCCUGGAGAUGUAAUUUGGCUUUCGACUUAAGUAAUGUGACGUUUUUGUUGUUGUUUUUGGUUUUUAAAGUUUAAGUUUAUCGUGCCUACGGUAAGAUGUCGUUCUGGACACGUGCCCCUGCUCUCGCAUUCACUGACUGCGGUCACCAUCCUCCUUAGGGUAGUGCUCCGGGCCACUUGGAUCCUGGCCUCACUUUACUAAGCGAACUCGGAGGAUGCCCAGAGCUCUGGACCGCAGAGCGGCUCGCGAGAGGCCCCGAGGCUGUAACUGCGCAGCCUCGAGCCGCCUGCGAGGGCGAGGGUGGCUUCCCCGCGCGGUGCCCGCCCCUGGGCCAAAGUGCGGCGUGGGCGGGGCUGGUCACGCGCCUGGAUCCCUGCAGUGCAUACCCGCGAAAUCCGACUUCACAGUUGCCGAAGGCAUCCGAAGAAGUGGGAUGUGCAAAAGCGCCGGCUAGAAAUUCCGCCCACUCUUUGCGCAAUAGAGGGCUCCCUCUGCUCUCGGAUCUUUCCGGGCCGCCUGCUCCCACUUGGUGAAAAAAAUUCCAGAGCGGCUACCAAGGCGAUGGCGGGGAUUGCGGCAGCUUCAGCGUUCUGCUGCGCAGCGCUCCUGCUUCUGGGGCGCGCGCUGACUACCACAGGUGAACUCAAAGUGGAGAUGAUGGAAGGAGGGACUCAGACCACACCCCUGAAUGACAAUGUCACUAUAUUCUGCAAUUUCUUUGAUUCUGAACCCCACAACAUCACGAGUGUAGGUAUCACCUGGUUUCGGAAGAGUCCAACAUUUGACAAAGAAUUCAAGGUAUUUGAAUUUUUUGGAGAUCACCUAAAGGCAUUUCGACCUGGAGCCAGUGUGUCUCCAUGGAGGCUGAAGAGUGGGGAUGCUUCACUGCAGCUGCCUGGAGUCCAGCUGGAGGAAGCAGGAGAGUACCGAUGUGAGGUGGUAUCCACCCCUAAGAAGGCACACGGAAGGAUCUGGCUUGGCGUUGUGGCUUCCCCAGCCUGCAGAUUGUUCCAAGUGGUGGUGAAAGAGAAUGAAAGCAAAUAUAUUAUGUGUGAGUCAAGUGGGUUCUACCCAGAAGCUAUUAAUAUAACAUGGGAGAAGUGGACCCGCGAGGUUCCCCAUCACGUAGAGAUUUUUGAGGGUGUCAUCCCUGGUCCCACCAUCAAGAAUGCGGAUGGUACAUUUAAUGUCACCAGCAAAUUGAAGCUGAACUCCUCUCAGGAAGACCCUGAGACUGUCUACCAGUGUGUGGUACAGCACGUGUCCUUGUAUACCCCCUGGAGGAACAACUUUACCCUGACUUCUCGGCAGAGAUUUUCUGAAUCUGAGAAGACGGCUGUCUUUGCCAAUUAUUUGUGGAUUUUGACAUUCAUUGGUUUUGGACUGAUUUUAUUAAUUGUUUUGAUUCUUCGGAAAAAGAUGUGUAACAACUAAUCUCCAGUUGUAUAACAAAUCAUCUCCAGCCAUCUCUUCUCAAGUACAUUCUGAAACACUGGAACUCCUUUGACAUUCAGACUCUGAAGAAAGAGUACCUUGUAUUCUUUUGCACUCAGGCGUGGCCAUCUUACCAGCUGCAGGAUGGGGAGGCCUGGCCUUCUGAGGGAAGUGUUAAUUUUAAUACCAUUCAACAACUAGAUCUUUUCCAUAGAUAGGAGGGCAAAUGGUCUGAGGUGCCUUAUGUGCAAGCCUUCUUUGCCUUGCAAGACAACUCAGAUCUUUGUCAGUGUUGUAGAAUUGACUCUGCUCUCCUAGCAGUUACAUCAGGCAAGUCCACAGAGGAUAACUCUCCCAACUCUGAGAAACAAACCUCUAGGGAACACUCUACUGAAAAUGGUCAAAUAGGUCAUUAAUGCUUGUGAAACUCAUCUUAAAAAUAAUCCCCUUAACAGAUGGCUUGUUCCCUGCCACACUCAGAGGAUGGGAAGUUACCCAGGGGAGGACUGGCAGAUAGAUUUCACCCAUAUGCCUAAAAUAAAUGGCAUUCAAUUAUCUUUUGGUGUGGGUGGAUACCUUCAUUAACUGGGUAGAGGCAUUCCCAUGACAAACAGAAAAGACCUCUGAGGAGGUGAGAAUACUAAUAAAUAAAUAAGUUCUCACUUUGGGCUCCCUAAGUACUUCCAAAGUGACAGUGGCUCCUCAUUUAAAGUGGCCUCUAUCUAGUGGGGCUCAAAAGGCACUAGGCAUACAGUGCCAUCUUCAUUGUGCCUGGAGACCACAAUAUUCAGGAAAGGUGGAGAAAACAAAUGAUAUUAUCAAAAGAUACCUCAGAAAACUCUCUCUCAGGGGAUUCACCUUUCUUGGGUGAAUCUCCCCUUAGCUCUACUGAGGAUAAGAAAUACUCCUUCAAAGUUGGAUUUGAGCCCUUUUGAAAUUACGAACGGGUGGCCUUUCCUUAUCAAUGAUCUCUUACUAGACCAGGAAAUCUCUGAAUUAGUCAAACAUAUAACCUCCCUGGGCCACUUCCAAUGGGAAUUAAAACAGCACCUGGAAGCCCAACCCCAAUAAAUAGGACAAGCUUUAUUGAACCUGGGAGACUUAGUACUGGUGAAGGCUCUCUCUUCUCUUUCCUCCUCUCUAGGCUACAGGUGGGAGGGACCUAUACUGUUUCCACCUAUUCAGCUGUGAAAGUUGCAGGAAUCAACUCUUGGAUUUAUCACACUUCAGCCAGGCUUGGAAAGCAGAGGCAGCAGCCCCUGACAGCCCAGAAGAGCAUCCCAGAUACUGAUGUGAAGAAGUUGGGGACCUUAAACUGAAAAGAACAAAAGAUAAGUAAAUGAAUGAGGACGACCUGUCUAGCUCGGUCCUACCUUUACCCUGCCAGAUUCCUUCCAUUAUUUCCACCUUUCCUUUCGAGAUCUACCAUUGUCAAGUGUUGCAACUUCUUUUUCACGCAUAUUUGCGAGGAGACUUUGAUUGUCCGUGGGAUCAGAUCUGUAAUUUUACAGACCUGCAAAGGGAAGUUCAGCAUUUUAACUGAUAAAACCUCAGAUGGAAAUCGUUCACCACACCAUACUUGCAGGGAUUAUUUUGCUGACUUUACUUUUUGCAGUAGGGCUAUACACUGUACCUCCUGUAGGAAUCCUGACUGGAUUCUGAAUCCUGACUGUAGCACCUCCUGACUGGAAUAUAUUGGACAGAUGGUCUCAAUUGCUGUGAUACUUGGCUUAGUUAUGAUCCUUAUAGCAGGGAUAAUAGUCACAGACAAAAAGUAAACAUGAAAGUUUUACUAUUGCUGAGUCUGCUAGGGCUUUUAACGGGGUUUGGGAAUACAUCACACCCUUUAGCCUCUGCAGUAUCAGCCAUGGCCCAUUUAUAUGAGACUAAUUGCUGAGUCUGACCUGAGUGGUUUGCUCAGUUCAGUAACACUAAGGGACCUCUUCAUGACCUGGUUCUUACUGUCUUAAGAUUCCCUUUCUUAGAUUUACCUUUAACCAUUGAAGACUUAUCAGGCAUGAAUGGAACAUGGUAUGGGAGCACUUUCAAGUGGGUAACUAACUCCUCCCAGGAAAGCAUUUCCUCCCUGAUACCAGAAAACACUUUCCCUAAAGAAAGCUUCACACCCUCAGGGUAAGAAAAGUCGGCAGGGUAAUAGCAAAUGCCUCUUCCUGCUUUAAAAGCAGAGGGAAAAGAUCAUAGCUGGGAGAUCUCAGAUAUGUAACAACACACUUGUAAUUGCUGAAAGCUCAGACACUUGGAGAAAAAGACACAAUAAGGAUGAUCUAAGAAAAUUGGAAGCCAUAUGGGGAGGCUUUCGGAAUCUAGCCUCUUCUCCUGGUUGGAAGUCCUGCUGGGAAUGGCGGGCUCUGGUUAACUGCCCUGACACAUGGCAUUAUAAUGUAAAAAAUAACACAUGGGCCUUCCCAGACAUGCACCCUCAUGGAAUUCCAGACCCUUUUGCAUGAUGCUUAGUAGUAGUGGCCUACAAAUCUGUGGGUGUACAGGAGACUUCUGGACUGAGAGCCCCUGCCACAAGGCUUAUCUGAGAUAUUGGCUGGGACAUACUGUGUCCCUGGUCUUUUAAAACUCCAUUUGUCAAGUGGACCCUUCUCAUUUAGCAUGUAAAAUUCCACAUGGCAUCAUGAGUGACUAUCCUGAGUAUGGAUAUCCCUAUGCCAAAGAUGUUCCUAUUAUAUGUAAGAGGGGGAAGCUCCUAAGAUAUGAGAAAGAUCUGCCUGAGUCUCUCACAAGCUACAACUCAGAACUGGACCUUCAAGGGACAGAGUUUUAUUUCCUUUGUGGCUCCUGGCUACACUUAAUCCUCCCUAGGCACUGAAAGGAAACCUGCACUAUUGUGGCAGUGGUCCCUGACUUAUUAUUUUUAAAUUCCACUGGUAUGGCAGCAUCAUCUGGGGACAUCCCUAACGUAUCCUCUUUUCUAGCGAGUGUGUGAUUUCAGAUGCACCAAACAAAGAGGUCUGUCAUUUCCAUGCCCUUGUAUGGAGAUUUAACUGAAGGAGAAGAUUGGGUAGGACGUACACAUGACAGUCCUAUCUUAGAAAAACCACGGAUAGGGGAUUUUAUAGCUAGAGGCCUAUUCUGGUUUGCUGGUAUUCCUCUCCUUGAAAGAUCAGUACUUAAUAUUUCUAUUAUGAUGCAACGAGAGUAGAAGGCAACAGUAGGAGCCAUAGAAACACAACAAUAAUCCAAAAUCUCUUUAGCCUCAGUAGUUAUGCAAAAUAGACAGGCCUUAGAUAUCCUUAUGGCCAAAGUAGGGGGUACCUGUGCACUUUUUAAAAGAAACAUGUCACCUCCAGAUCAACACCUCUAGUCAAGUAGAAGAAAACCUACAGGUGCUUAAAGAUCAAAUUAGAAUCAUUGACAGAUUAAGAGAAAAUGUGGGCUCCAGUCCCAGCUGGCUGUAAUCCCUCCUUAAUGGAUUCCAUUCUUCUUUGUGGAACUGGUUAGCUCCUUUAUUAGGUCCCAUUUUGCUUGUGUGUUUUGUAUGAAUGUUUGGACUUUGUGUAUUCAAUACUGUAACUCAAACUGUUUCCUCUCACUUAGAGGCUAUUAAAGACCAAAUGGUGCUGCAGAUGGAAUGACGCAUAGACACACCAUUCUUCCAGGGACCCUUAGACCAAUCUUAGGAGGAGCCCUAACUGCUGUAACCCCAACGACACCCCCUUCCAGCAGGAAGCAGCCAGGAACGGUCAUCGUCCACUUCCCCCAACAGCAGUUGGGGUCUCCACUCCUAAAGUGGGGAAUGAGAGAGGAUGAAGGAAGGCAGGCAGUUAGAGUGGGUCCUUGGUAAAAUUCUUUCAAAUAAAAGGACAGCUUGAAAAAUCAAACUGCAGGCACAGAUAAAAUAACUUGCAUGGGGGGCUUGCCUUAGACAUGUUCACAGCUGUAUCGGUAAGAAAGGCUACACAAGAGACGUGCCCAGACAUGCUCACAAUGGAAAAUUCUAUCUCCUGAGACAUGUACAGUAAGGGGAACAAAGCCACAUGGAGUAACUCAAGCUAAGAGCAUGCAUGUACACCAGAGGACAGGGUGAAACUACCAGAAAUUCAUGCCUUAUGCAAAUGAGAUGUCCAGCUCUCAUCAAUUUCUUAUAAAAGCCUUUAUAUUCAACUGUGAAAUGACAACCAUCUUUUGGGCCCCUUGUUGGCAGCGGAGAGCUUUUUUUUGCUUUUUAAACUUUUGCUGCAACCUCGUCUUUGGGGUCCAUGCUCCUUAAUUUUCUUGGUUGUGAGACAAAGAACUUUAGGUGAUACCUUGGGCAAUGAGAGACUGCUACAUUGUGGUGCAUUGGUGAGAUUGUAACACUCUCAGUUUAUGACUGAUAACCCCAACAUCAGCAAUGACGCUUAGGGAAAAAGAAAACAAAUCCUUUAUGAUCCACUUGGUCCUGUGCUUGUUUGCGAAGAUGACUCCAAUCCUCCACCCUUCCCUAUGUCCAUGUCCAUUGCUAUGUAACUUUGCAGUGCCUCCAACCAUGUGACCUCUUUCAGCCAAUGUAAGGAGACAGCAGUGAAGGCAUACCAGUUCUAAGUGUAAGCCUCAAGAGGCCUUGUGUGUCUUCAUUUGCUUCCUCGUGUGCUUCUAACGGUGCUGAGAGAAGGGCAAGUCCAGGCCAGCCUGCUGGAGGAUGAGAGAUGCUGGCUACCACAUUCUUGUUGCUCCAGUGGAGGCCAGGCUAGAUUAGAUGACAAACACCUGACUCCAUGUGAGCAAAUCUGAGAUCAGCAGAGCUGGCAAAGCCAACUUUCCAAUACUUGGAAAACACUUUUAUUAUGUAAAACAUAUCAAAUUAAUAUAUAAAAAUUUUUAAAGCCACUGUUUUACACUGGUGCUAUUACACAGCGUAAGCUAAGUGCUACAACUCAGGAAGCUGUGCUUUGACCAAAAGAAGUGUGGUAGCCACAGGUGCCUCUGAGACCCCCUUCAGGAGAGGGUCUGUGUGAGGAGUGCAGUCGGCUGACAGGCUCCUGCUGAAGAUCUCCGGGAUCUACCUCAGUAUUCCAGCUGGUGCCAUGCUGUCCCCAGACUGCUUCUGCCAUUGACUGAGCAGGGCAGGAGCUCCCUAUUGGGAGCUGAUACUGGAAUUCUGAACUACAUCCCAGAUCUCCAGCUGCUGAUCUCAAGGAUCUCGGGUGGCCAAGACUUUCAGUUGUACAUUAGGUGCUGAAUAACAUCAUUUUGUUUGAUGUCAUGUUGUUAUCACAUGAAUGAAAAUAAAAUCAGUUCCCAACCUGA